UUGUUAAUUCAUUUCACACAACGUGCCAAUAAACGUUCGCUGCAAACCUUGCAAACUGCCGAAGUUUCACCACGUCUUCUGCAAUUCUCACAUUCUCACAUUCCAAUACCGGGUCAAGAGUCGAAAGAUUUCUCGGAUGUGGUCAUGAUCGAGCGUGUUAGUAAGCAGUCGAUUGUACUGCCCACAAAAACAAGACCCAAAAAAGUUGUGCUGAUCGGUUCAGAUGGUGUUGAGUGA